CCCUCGCCCCCUCCCGGCCCCUGCCCGGGCCCCUGUCCCUGUCUUCAGGACUGCAUCAGACGGAACAGGACAGCUGGGGCCCAAUCAUAGUAGGAUCUGGGGGAUCGCGAAACCAGCCGAGGUUUCAGUUUGGUGUGACUGUGCCUUAAUGUCCCAGCAGAAGUUAUAAAGCAGCUGUCCCUGGAUGUGACGGCGCCCCUCUUCCCAUCUCUUCCCCCAGCCUCCGAGGUGGGGAAUAGACUUCUGAAUUCCCUAUGGGGCUGACAGCAGAGCUGGGCCUCCCCUGCCCAUUUCCAUCACCCACUGAGAUUAUGGUAGCUGUGAGCUAUGGUCCAGCCCUGGGACCCACCUUGCUGACCCAGCUCAGCAGCCACUAGCUGGAGCCAGGUGCCCCCAAACCACGCUGCCUUCAGGGGGCCAGGAGCUGGAGAGUGACUAUGCGGCUUGGACUCUUGGCGGUGGUCCUCACUCUAAACUGGAUGCAUCUUGCUGGCGGCAGCCGAGGGUUGAAGGGGAAGAGACAGAGGCGGAUCAGCACAGAGGGAAGUCAGGCCUGUGCCAAGGGCUGUGAGCUGUGCUCGGAGGUCAACGGGUGCCUUAAGUGCUCCCCUAAGCUCUUCAUCCUGCUGGAGAGGAAUGACAUCCGGCAGGUUGGAAUCUGCCUGCCAUCCUGCCCAUCUGGAUACUAUGAUGCCCGCAACCCUGAUAUGAACAAGUGUAUCAAAUGCAAGAUUGAGAACUGUGAGGCCUGCUUCAGCCACAAUUUUUGCACAAAAUGUAAGGAGGGCUUGUACCUUCACAAGGGCCGCUGUUACCCAGCCUGUCCUGAGGGCUCCUCGGCGGCCAACAGUACCAUGGAAUGCAGCAGUCCUGCACAAUGUGAAAUGAGUGAGUGGUCCCCAUGGGGGCCAUGCUCCAAGAAGAAGAAGCUCUGUGGUUUCCGGAGGGGUUCAGAAGAACGGACACGUCUUGUGCUGCAGGCUCCUUCUGGGGACCGUUCGGCCUGUCCCAGCACUAAGGAGACCAGGAGGUGUACAGUGCAGAAGACUCCGUGUCAUGAUGGACAGAAGAGACGGAAGGAUGGGCAGGGCCGACGGGAGAAUGCCAAUGGGAACCUAAGCAGGAAAGAAAGCAAGGAAGCCCGCCUGGGCUCUCCUCGAAGGCGAAAGGGACAGCAGCAGCAGCAACAGCCUCCAUCACAGUAUGGAGGGACCGAAGGUCCCAUCACACCUGCUGCCUAGGGACGACUCCAGGCCUUGGGCCCUGGAAACAAGAAGCCAACGCUGCUACGUAUAUGAGAGCUUUACUGAACUGGAGUACUGCUGCAAUACAUAUUCACACACAUGUACACAUCCAUGUACACGAGGCAUGUAUGUGUAUGCAGAGAUGCAUACAUAAAACGCAUCUAUAAAAAGGCAGACAUGUACUCACAUACUUCUACAAACAUACCUUGUACAUACAGACAUAACUCAUAGACAUGGACAUACCACCACUCACCUAGAAAAGGCAGACGUGGGCCAUACCCAUGCUCACACAGACAUACCAUACAGAUGUAACUCAUAGAUAUGCACACAUGUGCAAACAACCACCCACCUAGAAAAGGCAGACAUGCACUCACAAACUCGUUCUCAUUCAUACAAACCAUGUGUGUGCAGACAUAACUUACAGACAUGCACAUGUAUACACACAUACACUCAAAAAGGAAGGCAUGCAUCCAUCUAUGCACACAUCUGCAUAUGCAGACGUAUACACAUGGAUGAAUAUGCCUAUAAAGACAAGCUGGCAACCAGGUGUCUACACUGGACAGACAAGCAUCCAUAUACCCCUCCAUAUGUGUUAGUUACACAUACGAACAGACAUUCGGAGACAAAUAGACAUGUACAUGUAUCCACAUGCCUCAGACCUACGUGUGUACCCACAUACAUCCUACCGGACUGUGGAGCACAUGCUUCUAAAAGCAGGACAAGGGAAAGCUUUCAGAGCCACUGCAGUUCCUUGGAAUUGGCUACAUGCAGAGGUGAGGAGGGCACAGAGGGAGGCCCCUUCGGCUCCAGGCAGAAGCUGAGCUGAGAACGUUCAUUUCAGAAGGUCCCUCGAAAGCAAUUUUUUUGGGGGAGAACUUCCCCAGCAGUGACCAGUCAGCCAGCCUGAAGUGUGAGGGCAGUGAUGUUGGCUGAAAAGACAGACAGGGCUGGGCUUGACUGUCAGGUGGAAACCAAGGGUCCCUAGAGGCUGGCCCAGGAAAGGCUCACCUUCUCCCUCCCCUGUCCCAUGUUUCUGGAUGUAAGACUUUCUCUUGGAAGAAUUUAUGUUAAAUGUCCAUGGUAUAAUGUCAGGGGAGACCAGACCCUGAGAACUGCUUAAAAAUUUAUUUCAAAUU